AAUAGUCACAGCCGACAAUUAAUUUUAAGUCACGAGAAGACAAUUCAAGUCAUCAUGCUAAGAACAUAUUUCGGUUUGACACUGUUUUCAAUAAUGGUGGUCGCCUGUGCGGGAGUUUGUACUGAUGAUGAUGUCUACAUUAUUAGGCACGGAUUCUCCGGUCUAGUUCUAGAUGCUAGAAAUUCUAGGAAAAUACAGGUCCAGCAUUUUAAUGGAUACAGCACGCAGUUGUGGAAAUUUGAACGCGGACUCAAAAUUGGUUUAUUCUAUAUCAUCAGCAACUACACAGGAAAUGUGUUGGGAUAUAGAAGUCACGAUCGUAGUCUUUUGCUGGCGGAAAAAGAAGAUAGUCUUGAUCAACAAUGGAGAGUGACUUGGAACGAUCGUAUUUUUAAUGAGGGUAAGAAGAAUUACACCAUAGAUGUAACAGAUGCGAAUUAUACAGCUGGAAAUUACGUGCAAGUGUGGCCGAAUAAUCUAACUCCAGCACAGGAGUUCACAUUUGAAAAGAAAAUUUAGUGUUCAGAAUAUUCGUGCGGCAAAUACAUAAUACUUAAAAAAAUAUUCUCUGUACUAUUAGAAUAUAACAUUGUGCAAUCAUU